UCCUGAAAUGACAGUACGGAUUAAAUAGUUGAGUUAAUCAGAAAAUGACAGGCAGUGUAUUUCUUCUGAUAGUUAAACCUUCUGGUCAUUUAAGAUUUCUAUAACGAAGUGCCUUUUGGUUAAGCCUUAUCCAGAAAAGUUAUUAUAAUGUGUGUUCUUAUUGGGUGGAGAACCAUUCUUCUAUCUUAUGCUACCAAGCUAUUGUUUCUGAGGGCCAAUGCUUGCUAAGACCUAAAUGAAAGUUCUUUCCUCUAUUAUCUUUGUGUUUUUUUCCCUCCUUUCUAAUGGCUUGGGGUUGCAUAUACUCAAAAGGGGUCUUAGUUGAUUUAAUUUGAUUUCAAUUUUGUUUGGCCACCUCAUUCAUUUUACUUUUUCAGUUUGAACUUGUUUCUUGGCUCAUUUAGCGUAAACUAUGCAGAGGAGCACAAUAUAUUAUCAGGGCAUUUGGCAUGCAAUUCAUACCAUUUGCAGAGAUGAAAGUUUUUUUGGCCUGUACAAAGGACUUGGAGCAACAUUGCUGAGUGUUGGACCCAGUAUAGCAAUAAGCUUCUCUGUUUAUGAGACACUGAGAUCUUAUUGGCACUCUCAAAGGCCAGGUGAUUCUACUGUCAUAGUUAGCCUUGCUUGUGGCAGUCUUUCUGGGAUUGCAUCAUCAACAGGUGUGUGAUCUGCAACCUGCAAUGCUCCUUGAAAUUUAUACCUCCUUCAUAAGAUAUAUAUUUUGCUGAACAUAGUUUUAACCUCGGAAUCAUGCUUAGCAAAGAAAUGUUCUACUGAUUUAUAAUCUUCUUAUUUCCUAUUGCCUUGACCCUUUGCUUCUCAUUUUGUGCUUGCCUUAUCACAAAUGACUGAUGUGUGCUUCCAACAUAAAAGAAUUUCCAACUGAUUGCAAUGCAUUGCAUUUGAGGUUUAGUUUGAGGCGCUAAAUUUGCAUUACAUUUCUUACCUAGGGCAGCAAACGAACCGAGC